AUGAUGAAGGGAACCUUCAGAUCACUAAGCAAAGUUUCUUCACCAGGGCGGCGCGUACUUCGCUCGAAUCCCCAGUGGACAUUUCGAGGAUACGCUACUGCAUCUGGCGCUUACCCCGUCACUUCCUCCACCCAACACCACAAGACUCUCGUGAUUGGAUGUGGCAGCGCAGGCUUGAAUGUCGGCCACCAGCUUCUGCGAACAGGCAGGUUCGCGCCGGAGGAAAUCGCAGCCGUCGAUCCAGCAGAAUGGCACCACUACCAACCCGGAUGGACUUUGGUCGGCGCAGGCCUCAAGGCGAAGGAAGAUCUGCGAAGACCACUCAAGAGUCUGGUCGACCCGAAGAUCAAGUUCUACAACCACUCCGUUGCCAACAUUUCACCCGAGCAGAACUUGGUGACAUUGAACUCGGGACAUAAGCUGAGCUACGAUCACCUGGUAGUAGUACCCGGCAUCACCCUCAAGCUCGACGCCAUCAAAGGUCUCCCCGAGGCGCUUGCGAAUCCAGACUCCAACGUCAGCUCAACAUACAGCUACGAGACAUGCUCCAAGGUCUGGGACAACAUCACGCGGUUUCAGAAGGGAGAUGCAAUCUUCACUCAACCAGCGGGCGUUGUCAAAUGCGCCGGCGGACCACAAAAGAUCAUGUGGCUUGCGGAGCACAAAUGGCGAAAAGCAGGAAUCUUCAACCCCGACGACCUGAGCAAUUCACCCGCCAAGAUCGCUUUCGCCACGGGUCUCCCGGUCAUGUUCGGCGUUCCGAAAUACAGCAAGAGACUCGACGCGCUCCGCGAGCAGAGGAGAGUCGAAGGCCUCUUCGAGCACGAUCUCACGUCGAUCCAAGGCAACACAGCCACCUUCACCCGACCACAAGGCGAUACCGUCUCCCGACACUUCGACUUCCUCCACGCAGUACCCAAAAUGGGUCCCUUCGACCUCAUCAAGAACAGCCCCAUCGCCAACGCAGCAGGCUUCGUCGACGUCGACGACGGCACCACACAGCAUAAGAAAUUCCCAAACGUCUGGAGUAUAGGCGAUGCUUCUUCCCUGCCCACUUCCAAGACCGCCGCAGCCAUCACCGCACAGGCUCCGGUCCUCGUCCGCAAUCUCCUCGAUACGAUGGAUGGAAAGGCAAUCAGCUGGAAAUAUGAUGGGUAUACUUCGUGCCCCCUGUUGACCGAGUAUGGCAAGGUGAUGCUCUGCGAAUUCAAAUACGGAGGUCAACCACAGGAGACGUUUGGGAAUCUGCUGGGAAUCGAUCAAUCCCAGCCGAGGCGGGCGUUUUAUUAUCUUAAGAAGGAUUUCUUUCCUUGGGUGUAUUAUAACUCGUAUGUCAAGGGAACUUGGGGAGGUCCCAAGGGAUGGCUGCGGAAUUGA